AAAGUACAAAAGUGGUGUGACGAGAACAGCGCACAUGACGCUGGAUUGUCUUACGAGGAUUUUCUUCAGUGGUAUCCUACGUGGAUGCUUGGAGAGCGGUCACCAGCCAUUCCUGACAUUUUCACAAAGUCAUAUUUUUCAUCACUGGCGAGCACCCGACGGUCUUUCACUUGCACUGAGAGACACUUCUUCGAAAGUCGUCAUGUUGCUACUAGCAGACAACCGCCCCAGAUCGCAACAAAUUAUCUCAGAGUUGCCGCGAGCAAGGACAGCAUGCCUUCUAGGCAGUAUAUCUGCCGUGGUGGUGUUUGCUUCCUUUCGGAUGACCUGGGCUCGUCUAACAGCUCUCUCGGUCGAUGGGUUGUGCUAUAUGUGGACAAAGCUGAACCACCAAACAGUUUGUAGAGCAUCGUGCUCCGCCUCGACAUCAAAUCGUAUUGACACUGUGGCGCGUGAACUGGUUCUCCCAAUGCAGGAUCGGCAACUGGAAGAAGAACGUGAACAGCUUGACAGAGUUUGAUUCACAAGCUGUUAUCAGUCAGUAUUAUCUAGUCAGUUCCACAGUGCGCUGAGAGAUGCAGGCGGCAUCUGCAAAUUCGAAGGUUUCUUCAUUGUAGUGGUGGGAUACCCAUAACCUGUCGGUCAUACAGGCAUGCUGUUAUGUUUACGUUGCCUUAAGAGAAGCAACAAUACGACAAGAACAUGGGCUGUUCUGAGGCCCUCAACCACAGGCGAGUCGCCGAUCAGAUAAUUUAUAGACCUGUAUAAUGUGAUGACAAAUCGUACUGUCAGACACUUGGCGGAUACCCGAUAUCUUGUGCAGCACGGAAUGUACGAGGUGGAUCACGGCUAUAUUGCUGGUGGGCCACACAGUUGACUUUACACGCCCCACUCCGCCGAAUGAUUUUAUCAACUUCCUCGGUCUGCUGGUGUUCAUCUGCACUCUUGUCUUUAAGUCAAAUUUUCUAGUAUGAACAGGACAUUGGUGAAUGCGCUACCCCUCAGAGAGUAAAACCUUAAUCGUCUUCGGAACGUAUUUUGUCCAUAGUCCUACGUUCCUGCGCAGCAACAGGAAUUAAGCGGCCGCACAGUUUACGGCAGCAUGAACGCCGAAGACCCCUAAAACAGUUAGUGGUGAGAUCAUCUGUGCAUUUACCAUAUACACCUUCUGCGCAGCUGCAGUGAAUCGGUCUCGGUCUCGCGGCAUGUCCACACAGCUAUCCCAGCCAGGCCUUGCCCUCCGACUGGCAUAACCUGCUUUGGCUGGAAAGCCACGACAGCACCGCCCGACACAGUCGUGCAUUUUCAACAGUUGAAGAGAGUUACGUAAGCAAAUUUUGACUUUGUUUCUGGAGUGAGCAACCAGUUCGAGGUGGCUGCCAUGUGUGGUACAACUGUCUGACUCUGCCCCAGAUACAGCUCAACAUUUAAUCCCUUCUCCAUGCAGCCCAGCAAUGUCGACUUUGAAGCACAACUCUUCUAAGACGAGCUCGACAAUUCCUUUGUCUGCUGUAGCCGGCAAGAGGAAUCGGGCCCAGAAAACUGAUGUUGUUAAGGCUGGUCGAAAGCAUGGGGAUGGUGACACUGACGCCGACCUCGCGCCGACAAUCGCGGAAGGCAUUAGUCAACAGAUCGUUGAAGAAAUGAUAGACACUGGUGCUGCACUACUGUAUCGGAGGCUAAUUGAUCGCAAGUGCUUUUCUUUUGCCGCGUACUUCACUUGGAAAGUGUUGUUGUCAAAUGUAAAAAUGUGCUGUAUAGAGUUCGAUCCAGGAGACAAGGAUCUUGAUGCUUCGUUGUGGACAUGCGGGGAAAUGCCAGAACCUUCCCCUCUCGACACCUGGGCACCAGGAAGCCUCGUUCUGAAAGCAGUACCGUCUUCGACGUUGCCGGUCCAGACUCCGAAAAGACGAGCAAAAACAGACCACAGAGCUGUUCAAAAAUGCGAUGCUUAUCAGACGCCAAGAAAGCAUCUGUCGCCUUAAGAGACACGAAAACAGGCUACUACGGCUUUAAGGAGAAGAUACACAGACAACAUUCUGUGCUAUCCAGUUUAUCUCAGUAGAAUUCAUAAAACGUCACAUGUGUGGAAACCAUCAAUCGGUUCUCUUACACGUUCAGUAUUAAGUUACCGCUCAAAAGGGAGUCAUAAAGAACCCAGCUUCAGACACUUACACAGCUUGUUUUCCCUGAUGAAAAGCGGUUUCAAGGAGACGCGAUUCCCUCUGAGAAUACAGUUUUCUGCUAGGUGUCAGCAGCCCGUGAACAAGAACCACCAGCAGCUCAUGGUUUUCGUUUUUUUUCAACUGACACACAUUGCAAAAAAACACUGACCAGAUGAAUGGUAUCACGGCAUGCGAAGGCGUUUUCGUGAGGACGCAGAUGGUUGGUAUGCUGUCAAGGGACAACGAAUUGCGAUUGCUUGUUGGGGAGAGGGAAACACCAGAUUUGGGCUUCCUUCACCGUUCGGAGAAGCGAUAUAUGCAGAACCUUGUUUUGAGUUCCAUCGUUGCAGCGUCGAUGAAUCGCUCAGCAACAGACUUACAAAGGAUCUUUCGUUUACGAUACUCGGGAAGAAUGAUCCCAAUAUAUACAUGGGCACGGCAAAAGGCGGUCUCCCAAGCACACACAAAUGCCUUCAGAGGUACACACAUUUUGCCAUGGCACUUAGUGUGGAUGGCGAAAAAUUGACACUGACUUAGUCUGCAUCCCAGUGAUCCUGUUUAACGCUGACGCCAAAUUGUACCCAACCAUCCGGUUUCUUAGGA